AUGCUAAAAAUAGCCUCCGAAGGAUUAAUGCCGCGUUUGGUGGCCUGUGUACAAGCCUCAUCAUCAGCCCAGAGUGCCUGCCAACGUUUGGCCCCCCUUGCCGUGUCGGCAACACAAAAGUUUCUAUCGCAAAGUCAAAUAGCAAAUAAAAAAUUCACCGUCAAAGAUCAUUAUGAAUUUGAUCAAAAGGUAAUUAACAGCGAUAAUCCCGUCAUUGUCAAUUUCCAUGCCGAAUGGUGUGAUCCGUGUAAAAUUCUCACCCCCAAAAUGGAAGAACUUUUGGAAAAUUCCAAUGAAAUUGAUUUAGCCAUUAUUGAUGUCGAGAACAAUACCGAAUUGGUCGAAACAUUUGAAGUGAAAGCUGUACCUGCCGUUCUGGCGUUUCGUAAUGGUGUUGUGGUAGAUAAAUUCAUCGGUUUGGUUGAUGCCAACAGUAUAGAAUCGUUAAUCGACAAAUUGAAAAAGAAAAAUCGUAAAUCUGCUGAACUAGAUGAUAAAGACGCGAAAUAGU